GGGCCUCCGGGCCCCGCCCCUGAGCCGGCAGAGGUGGUGAGAGGGCGGCUGCACCUGCCCGGCCUUGCGCUGAGACCGCUGUCUGUAGCGGGGACGCCAGGAAUAAGAGAUCCCUUGCAGAGAUUUGAAAAUGGCCGAAAACAAAAGCGUUGGCGUGUUCAGCUCUGCAUCCUUGGCUGUGGAGUAUGUGGACUCAUUGCUGCCUGAGAAUCCUCUGCAGGAGCCCUUUAAGAAUGCUUGGGUCUACAUGUUGGAUAACUAUACAAAGUUCCAGAUCGCCACCUGGGGCUCCCUGGUAGUUCAUGAAGUCAUCUAUUUUUUGUUCUCUUUACCUGGAUUUCUAUUCCAGUUUAUACCUUACAUGAGAAAGUACAAGAUUCAAAAGGAUAAACCAGAAACCUUCGAAGGCCAGUGGAAGUGUUUGAAAAAAAUUCUAUUUAAUCAUUUUUUUAUCCAGUUGCCUCUGAUUUGUGGAACAUACUAUUUUACAGAGUUUUUCAAUAUUCCUUAUGAUUGGGAGAGAAUGCCAAGAUGGUAUUUAACUUUGGCAAGGUGUUUGGGCUGUGCAGUCAUUGAGGACACCUGGCACUAUUUCCUGCACAGGCUCCUUCACCACAAGAGAAUUUAUAAAUACAUCCAUAAAGUCCAUCACGAGUUUCAGGCUCCGUUUGGAAUCGAGGCAGAAUAUGCACAUCCCUUGGAAACCCUGAUUCUUGGGACAGGAUUUUUCAUUGGAAUUGUGCUAUUGUGUGAUCAUGUAAUUCUUCUGUGGGCAUGGGUGACCAUCCGUUUGCUAGAAACCAUCGAUGUGCACAGUGGUUAUGAUAUUCCUGUCAACCCCCUGAAAUUGAUCCCUUUUUAUACGGGCGCUCGGCACCAUGAUUUCCACCACAUGAACUUCAUUGGGAAUUACGCCUCUACCUUCACGUGGUGGGAUAGACUCUUUGGGACAGACGCCCAGUAUCAUGCCUACAUUGAAAAAACGAAGAAGCUUGGGAAAAAGUCUGAUUGAAUACCCGCACUGGACGCCUUCCUCAACUGCAGCUGGCCACUGACAUUGCUUCUGGGGACUUGGCCGCCAAGUGAUUAAAAAAAAGUUAACGACCUUUACGACCUUCCAGAUGAGAGCUCUUCUAUUUUACAUCCAAGAUCUGUAUAUGUGGGAACAAAUAAGUAAAUAUAUAUACAUAUAUAUAUUUAAGUACAGUUUUCAUGAGGAGGUUUUAAAGGCCAUAUUGCUCACCUCACUAAAAAGUUAUUGGGAUCUGGAGAAAGUAUUAAUGUACAACUCAUCACUUCAUGCCAUAGAAGGCUGAAGUUGACAUUGCCUUUUAAGCCUUUUACAUACACUGGUCAGUUCAGAAAAUUCUCAACAAUAAUGUUUGCCUUCUAGUUUAAGACCUGAAGUGAAAAUAUCACAAAGUGAAUAUAUCAUCUGGUGAGCGAGUGACUGAAACCCCGCUCUGGUCUGGGGUUGACCAGUUUAGGACUAUUCUUUCUGUGAAGGAUUGUUUGAUUGUAAUAACUUUAUUGGCAUCUUGUAAAUUGACUCAUUUCCUACGUGAUGUACAUAGAAUAUUAUAGCCUAAAGAUUUUCCAGUUACUUGGAGUGUUUUUAAAUUGAGGAGCCCCACUUCCACUGUCCAUCCCUUGUCUUUGUGUGUCAGGUGAUCAUUAAAAUCGUAUCUUGAGCUUGAAUUCCCUUCUCUGUCUGCUUCUAGAGCUGGUGAAAUAAAUGUGAUUUUUGUCUGGUCCUUCUGGUUUUCAUGAAGAUGAGCUAUCAUGUUUUAUUCUUAUAAGGAAAAGCACAGAAAUCAUUAAAGUAAGUUUUACAAUAAA